AAUAUUACUAUUCGGAUUAUUAGAGUUUAAAUGGCAAAUCCAACACCUACGCAUAUUUUUUAAACAGCCACGCCCAACACUGCUGCAGUAGUAUUUACUCUCUCCUCGACUCUCUCUUUAUCAAAAAUGGCUAGUGCUGGAGGAGCGAUGCAACUAAAAGUCCUCUUUGUUGGUGAUGUUGAUGUUGGAAAAACAUCAAUAUUCGAAUUAUAUAGAACUCAUGAAGUGGCCAAAUCUCCUAAGCAUACAAUGGACCCUGUUAUUAAAAGUUUUAAUAUUGUUACUAUGACUCCUCACACAACAGUAGAACUGCACCUCUACGAUACAGCAGGACAGGAACGGCACAAAACAUUGACAAGACAGUUCUAUAGAAAUGCUGACAUUGCUCUUCUUGUGUUCAGUAUUGAUGAUGGUGAUUCAUUCCACCACAUUGAGCAGGUUUGGAAACAAGAAGUUUUGAAGCGUAGUGAAAAGGACGAUGUGAAGAUGAUUCUAAUUGGUAACAAAGCUGAUCUUUACGAAGAGAGGGUCAAUGAUAUAUCAACAAGCGAGCAAUACGCUAGGAGACACGGCAUGAAGUUCAUUGAAAUGUCUGCCAUUAGAAAAGAUGAUUAUCAAAAGGUGGACUCAGUCCUUCGAGAAACUGCAGCUGAAAUUGUACAUCAAGGAGGCAGAUCUAGCUCUACUAAUGAAGAGCAUAGACCUGUACAAAGAGAUGAAGUAAUUCACAUAGAGCCAGUGCCAAAUCCUAUCCAUGCAGCACCUAAUGAGCCACAACAAGAGCAACAGAAAAAUAAAAGGUGUAAGCUUUGUUGAAGAUGACUUAGAUAUAUUAUUAUACUUUAAAAAAUUUUCAUUUAAAAUACUUUUGCUUCAGUAAGAGAUAGCUACUGGGUCUGGGAAUAAUGGAUAAGGGAAUGUAUC